AUGGCAUCUCCUGUUCUCCAACGUCCCGCCCUAGGACAAGUUGCCACCCUGGGAAGUCUCUACGAUGCUCGCAGUGACACCUUCCUCCCAUUGUCCUUUUUCAACAAACCUUUGCCCGUCGACGCUGUCAAGAGCACCAAAUGCUCAUCCCCCGAAACCAGAAUCAUCAGCGGUGACACCUUAAAAGACAAGUUCGAUGCAUGUGGUAUCGAUGGUGAACUGGGUGUCAGCGUCCUGGCUGGGCUUGCCAAAGUCGAGGGAUCUGGUCUAUACUUGUCGCACGAACUCGACACGAACUAUGCUGUGCAGGGUUCUCUACUCUAUGAUGACAGGAGUCUUAAAGAGGACCUUAACCUCUCCGCUGGUUGUAUUAAGGAAUGCGUCGCACACACCAAUUUGGAUACUGGUGCCGCCACUCACGUCGUGACUGGUAUCUCCCGGGGUGCCCGCUACAUUUUCGCCGCCAAGCGACGACUGCAGCCCUUUCAAGACAGACCCCAGGCAUCUGAAGAGCUAGAGUCACAGUUGUCUAUUCUCAAGGCAGCAGUGUCAUCAGGAGUUGUGGAGACGACCUUUGAUUUCACUGGAAAUUCUACCGAACUAGUUGUAUAUGCAGAUAACCUCGCCAACGCUCCCUUCUCGACUAACUUUGCUGACCUUCAAAAUGUCAUCGAGAAGUUACCUGGUGACGAAAAGCGCCAACCAAUUUCCUACACCCUUAUGCCGCUCUCCCUAAUGGCUGCUUUUGGAAUACUUGACAUCGAGGCCGAUACCACCUACCGUCCGUUGGGGGUUGACUGUAGCCAAAGAUGUGUACAGAUAUUUGACGAUAUCCGAGACGCAAGCCAGAGACUGAGCAAAUAUUUCGAUGGACUAAAUUAUUAUCCAGCAUGUGCUCCAGCUGAACAUGUUUACUCAGUCAAACGACUCCUCGAUAGGGCCAUAAAUUUCCAGACAAUACCCGAUACUGACUUCGCAUUUCUGGUUACGGAGGCCCGAAAUGGUAAGGUGAGCAACCAGGAACUCUGUACUCGGCUCACAGACCUCACUGGUGAGCACUCGCCUCACGCCAUGGUAGCUGCCAGAACACAUGAAGGGAAGAUGGAUUUCCAAGACCUUCUUACGCAGAGGGGAGCACACAUGGUCGGCUAUGACAGCCCAUCAGUAUCGACCUUGUUGCACGAGAACCACUAUGAUGAAGCCUUUGUCCUUUACUUCAACGAACAUGUACGUCAUACAUCCGACGCGUGGGCUGACAAUCUUGCUGCCUUCCUCGAUAUACUGGAAGAUCAGUCUUAUGAGAAACUCGCUAUCGCUGUCGACCAGGAGGCCGUUGACAACGAUUCUCAUGGUACUUUCCUAGAGAAACCCUAUAUUUCACACCUACGCAGAGGAAGAAUUGUUAGCGAAGACCUUGUAGAGAGUCGCAAGAUCCUCGCAGCUAACUGUGUGAUGCGGGUUGCCGAGGACGCGCUGGAUCGCUCUGUGAACAGCAAACCUCUUGACCGAAGAGCCGUCAGGAUCCCCUGCCCACACUAUGGCUGUGACCAAAAGUUACAGUGCAACUGGAUCUGUGGCUCUUGUCAGGCCGGUGUAGAGUACGGUAUUGUUGAUGGCCUCCUUUACUGUGAUUGCGGAGCCAGCACCUACUACAAAUGGAUGUUUCAAUGCAAUGACCCGAGACACGGAUCGGGUUGGCAUCGCUACAAGCGAGAGGAACUACUUGAGUUGCUGAAGGCGCUGGAGCCGUUCGAGGAUCUUAACAUCUUGAUCCUAGGCGAGACAGGAGUCGGGAAAUCGACAUGGAUCAAUGCAUUUAUCAACUAUCUCUCGCAUGAAUCAGUUGACGACGCAUUGGAGGCUGAGAACUUCAAAUGGGUCAUUCCUUGUUCGUUCCAAACACAAACAGUUGCUGACGGCAGGUUUGUCGAAACUGAGAUCAAAAUUGGCUCGAGCCAAUCGGAGAAAGAUGGUUCUGGGGGUCAAUCGGCGACGCAGUCGACCAAAGUCUACACUGUUGAUAUCGGCAAAACACGUGUCCGUCUUAUUGACACGCCAGGAAUUGGCGAUACUCGCGGUGUCGACCAAGACAACUCCAACAUGAACGACAUUCUGUCGGUUCUGCGGACUUAUGAUAACCUCCACGGGGUCCUCAUCCUCUUGAAACCAAAUGCCGCUCGACUGACCGUCAUGUUCCGAUUCUGCAUCAAGCAGCUGUUAACACACCUCCACCGCAAUGCUGCCAACAAUAUUGUAUUUGGGUUCACCAACACCCGCGGCUCCAAUUACAAGCCUGGCGACACCUUCAAGCCUUUGAACUCUCUUCUAGCCGAGUAUGAAGAUGUCAAGAUGGGCUUGUUCGAGAAUAACGUGUACUGUUUCGACUCAGAAAGCUUCAGAUAUCUUGCCGCUAAGAAAAAAGGAAUCGACAUGGGCCACUUGGAGGACAACCGUCGCAGCUGGGAAUAUUCUGUAGGGGAGUGCGAGCGGCUUGUUAAGUACUGCCAAAGCAUCACUCCUCACCAAGUACGCAGCACUAUUAACCUCAACGAAACUCGAAAUACAAUCCACCGACUCACAGAACCCAUGACGGCUAUAGCAGAGAAGAUCAGAGCGAGCAUCGACGUGAACAAGGAUGCCAUCAAGGAGCUGCAGGACUUUGAGCUCACACGGAAACAGCUCCAGGAACGCCUCUUUGUCCAAAGGGAAAGUCUUAUGUCGGUAAAGGUUGACAGGCCCCAGACAGUAUGUACACACGAUGAUUGCGUCGAGAUACGCACCGAUUUUGAAGGCACUACAGAGGCCACAACUGUCUAUAAGACUGUUUGCCAUGAAGGUUGCUUUUUGAUUAGUGUUGAUCGCAACAGAAAGGGUCACCCUGAAUUACAAAGCUGCGGUGCUAUGGGACCAGGCGGAAUGUGCGAAUGCAACCACAGCUGGAUGGAUCAUAUGCAUAUCUACUACAAGUAUGUGCCUACAAUGACCCAGCACCGAGAUAAAGCGAUAGACGAAGAUCUCAGCAAGAACGCCGACAAGAUCCAGUUGAGGGAAGAAGCAAUCCGGAUGAAGAAAGAGGCCAUUGAGGAAUUCAAGCUCGAGCACCGGCAAGUCCAGGAAGCGGCCAUCCAGUUUGGCUUCUUCCUCCAGCGACACGCCAUCACGCCCUAUAACGACGCUACAGUUGAGUACCUCGACAUGCUCAUCGACCAAGAGAGGCAGAAGAUGAAUGCCGGCGGAUCAAACCAACGACACCGUAAACUCAAGAAGGAAAGAGCGGAAUAUCUUCAGAAAGUGGAAGUACUGGAGAAGGCCAUGAAACAUGGCGAUGAGUCCAAACUGCUCGACGAUGCAGGUGUAGCGCAGCUGGUAGAUAGCCUCUACGGCCUGCCGCAAUUUGGUGGUGACCUUCGAAAAAUUGUCAAUAUCCAGGAGAGGGCUGCUGAUGCUACAUAUCGGGAGCGGUCCUACAAUGUUACAGGGGGCGCGCGAUUCCGUCGUCGACAAGAAGCCCGAACUGAGCAUGAACAUCUUGUAGGGUCACCUUCGGCUCCGAUGAAAAGGUCUUCAUCUUUUGAACGGAUCCCUGGGUCGUUUCCCAGGGAACCGACUGGAGAUACGGUCAGAACGGAACGUCGUGCACGUUCUAUUCCACAGAGUAGAUCAAGCAGGCGGGGAUUCUGGACAACUUUCAAGAGCUUUAUCCAGCUUUGA